CGUCAUCAGAGCACUGUCGCUUGACUGUGUAGCCGACCGGAGCGGGACUGUCAGUUUAGUAAAUAUAGAAGCGACAAACGGGAAAACAAACAAACACCUAGAGUAAAAGACAACAGGCUGUUCUCGCUUUCAUUCAUUUGUAGUGCUGUUAGAACUGCUGAUAGGCUAUUUAGCAUGGCUGGUUUAAUGGCAGGUUUUGGGAACUUCACUCACGCUGUUGUUCGUGCAAUUCCCUCAUCCCUUGCCAAAGAGGCACUGAGGACAAACAACUUGGAUGUGGAUCUGGCGAAAGCUCAAUUGGAGCAUGAAGUAUACGUCAACGUUUUAAAGCAGAAACUCGGAUUGGAGGUGAUCGAACUCCCCGCUGAUGAAUCUCUCCCGGACUGCGUGUUUGUGGAAGAUGCGGCUGUGGUUUGUGGUGACACCGCGCUGAUUACGAGACCCGGGGCAGAGAGCCGAAGGAAGGAGACGGAGGCCAUGCGGCAGGCGUUGAAGCAGCUGGAUUUGAACAUCGUGGAGAUGACCGACGAGAACGCCACUCUGGACGGAGGGGACGUCCUCUUUACAGGUAGAGAGUUCUUCGUGGGCCUCUCCAAGCGGACCAAUCAGAAGGGGGCCGAGAUCCUCGCCGACGCGUUCAAGGACUAUGCCGUGUCCACUGUCCCCGUGCUGGGAGGGCUGCACCUGAAGAGUUUCUGCAGCAUGGGAGGUCCGGGGCUCAUCGUGAUAGGGUCCAGCGAACCGGCCCAGAAAACGUUGAAGAUCAUGCAGCAGAUGAGUGACCAUCGCUAUGACAAGCUGACGGUGCCCGACGACAUAGCGGCCAACUGCAUCUACAUGAACCUGCCCAGCAAAGGCCAUGUUCUUCUGCACUGCACGCCAGAAGAGUUCCCAGAGAGUGCCAAGGUCUUUGAGAAGCUGAAGGACCACAUGCUGAUUCCCGUGUCCAACAUGGAGAAGGUGAAAGUGGACGGAGCCCUCACCUGCUGUUCCGUGCUCAUCAACAAGACGGCCAACAACUGAGCACGCUCAGAAUUGGGAGGUGGUGGGGGUGGGUGGGUGGGUGGGUGGGUGGGUGGGGUGGGGUGAGGUGGGGGGGUCUUUUGGUCUUUUAAGGCAGGAGUGGUCCCUCCCCCGGUGUGGUAGUAUCAUGUUCUUAACAUCUGGUCAGGGCAGUUUAGUGACAAUUCCCAGUGGUUAACAAUCCCUUUCUUGCCCCCUACACACGCAACUGAUUUGGGAAUCCGAUUUUGUUUCCUUUCGUUACUGGCCAUUGGUUACAGGUUUGAGCGAGGACAUGAAAGCAGAUGCCGAAUCAGUAGCGUUGUGCAGGAAAAGUGAUAGCAUGCCAUGUCGAGAGACCUCCUGCUCUACACACACUAAACACCUAACCCCCUUCUCUGGCUUAGAGUACUUGUGUAAAUCAAUCCUUGUGCUUGCUGGUCAACGUUUACAAAUCUCUAAGAACCUAUAACACUGCAGUGUUGAUUAACAUGAUUGAUAGAAACCUUUUUAAAAGCAGGACAGCUCAAGUUGUUUGAAUGUGUGCUGUAGGUCUAUUAAAUGUACUAACACAGAUACAGCAAGACAAAAGUAUAACGACUGUCAAACUGCCAAGUGGUCUAUAUAUUUGUAAUUAUUUAUUUUUAGACUCUCAUCACACAAAUAGGAAGCUAUUUUUGUGAAGACACCCAAGUUAAUUUAAUUAACCAGGGAUUAACCGUAGAUUAAACUAAUAAGGAAAUAAUUUGGCCUUUAAGGUAUUUUUCUUUACUCAGCACUUAAUUGACCUCAGAACUAAUGAUUAACUAUCUAACGUGAUUGUUGAUUGGUCCACAGCUGUGAUGGUGGUGCUAGUUAUUCCAUCUAGCGUCAAUGAGGACCGCUCCCCUUAUUAAACUUUCAUUACAUAAACCCCCAACUUGUUUAGGGGCUGAAUGUGUCCCUGCCUUGUGUGUCAUGUGGGCUUUUAAUAUCACUAGUUUUGACUUUACUGCCACCAUAUAGCCCUUACCAACAAUCGUGGCCUCGCAUCCACUGCGUGCUCAAAUCUGAAAUGAUCUGACGGAUAUUCCCAGCAGGGAAGAUACCAGUGCCAACUGUUUUCACAGCCUCUAUCGGUUUUUGCACUCCUUGUCUUAGCACAUACUGUGAAAUCGAUGUGAGCUGUGGGUUCAUACAAUAUGAUCUGACACCAACUGUUAUUCAUGCUGGAGUGAUGGUACACUCCAACAGGGCUGCAACCGGAAUUCUUCCAGCAUGUUUACCACAGUUAGCGGCCAAUGACAGCUGUGUACUAGUGUAUCAUAAUGAUCUCUCUUCCCCACAUUGCCUUAUCCCUGCGUGUUCCAGGAUCAGAACAUUCCCAGCGAUGACUCGCAGAUCAGAUCCCAGCACAGACAGGCAUAUGCACACACGUGUGAUCUUCACAGAGUCCGUACACAUUGAGUUUAUUCUUGUUUCACUGACACCUUUUGUCGCGUGGCGUGAUGCCGAUGAAAACAAUGUCCUCCAAGGAAGUGAUGUCACUGGCGGUCCUGUUGCCUGUGCUUCAGCCCCGCGCCGAUGUGCACUAUGGCCGCUUGGGGAUGGGCGAGCGAACCGUGAUGAAACAUGGAAAGAAUUCCUUUUGGAAGAACGGCUUGUAAGCCAGUAAACACUCAUUUUCUCUUAAACUCGCUCUCUCUUUUUCUUUCUCAGUGCUAUUGCCUCAUAGACAUUUCUGGGGAAAUUUAUGACAGUGAUAUCAUACAGUCUGGCAAUGGGGUCCAAUGACCUGCCGUUAAAAAGCGUAAUUUGUGACACUAGCAGUAUAUUUUACAGGAGGCCUUUGGCAGGCCUGGUGAUGAUACCAUAGUUGCUGUGUGUCCAGCUCAGAGCUCACACACUUACAGGGGGAGGCAGUAUUGGCCUGAUGCAUGUGGUAAAAAUUGAGAUAUUUACUUAAUUUAUCCGUAAUUGUUAUGUUUAAGUUGAUUUAUGUCCCUAACAUACAUUAGUCAUGACAUUGUUUUGACAUUUUCAGUGUGAUUUAGGUACUCGGUUUUGUUUGGUUUUAGCAAUUGUUUUGUGCCAGAGCUUAGCAUUUAUUAAUUACCCUCUUCCUCUCCAACCUGAUUUGAGCUGAUUAUCCACCUUGUACAAUAAAAUUAAACAAUUAAUA